UCCUUCUAUAAUCACCUUUUGCCUCCUCACUUUCUCUCCCACCCAAAACUCUCUACUCUCUCUCUCUCUCCCUCAAAACCCAUGAUGUCUCCUACUAAUCCUUUCAUAAUCUUCCUCUAUCUUCACCAACAUCACUAUUUCACCAAAACCCCUUCCAUUCCCAUUCCCCACCCCAUCACAAUGCAACCACAAGUUUCUAACCUCAAUCCAAAUGCUCAACCCUUCUACCCACAACACACAAACAACUCCCAUUACCAACAAGACAACCUUGUACCAAAACGAACUAAGAAAACCUCUCGUCGUCGUGGAGAUGUUCAACAAUUCCCCAGCACCAUUGAUGAAGCUGAAGCAUCACGCAUUACCACUGUAAUGAUUCGACACAUUCCUAACCAGUUAAGGUUCGGCGAUUUGUUGCAUGUUCUUGAUGAACAUUGCUAUGAGAUCAACAAGUCCGUUGAUGAUCCCGCAGAUUGGUCCAAGUUCGAUUUUCUCUACUUACCUAUGGAUUACAUGAAACAUGCGAUAGAGAGAAGAAUGUCAAAUUUGGGAUAUGCAUUUGUGAACUUUACGAAACCUUCUGCUGCAUUCAAGUUUUACCAACAGUUUCAAGGAUUCGAAUGGAGUGUGACACAGAAUCGCAAGACUUGUGAGAUAAAUGCAGCUCAUUUUCAAGGCAGAGAUACCUUGGAUAGGGUUUUCUCAAAGAAAGUAUUCCGAAGCACUAGCCAUAAAUUCCGUCCUACUGUAUUCUACAAAGGGCGUGAUGGUUUCAAUCGCAGAAUGAAGGGAACCCCUUUGGGAAUACAUGUAAGAGGAUUGCCUUUCACUUGAACAUAUGCUGGAAUGCUUCUUUCUAAGGGAUGCUUGUGGGGUUAGUUUUGAUUUAGGUUUCAUCUAAGUUUGUAGUAGUACUAAGAGCUUUGUUGUUUUAAAUAUGUGUAUAUAUAGGUUUAGGAGGUGUGGAAUAUACCCAUGUUUUCAUUCUCUCCCUAGAAUUGUUAUGUUAUGCCAUAAAUCUGGGGUGAAUUGGAAACAUGGGUUUACGAUUUCAUCUUUCUAUCUUCUCACUCACUUGCCUAUUGUAAAUUGUAGUACUACUGUUCUUUUGCUAUUUCUAUGAAAGUGUCGUGCGGUUUCGUGUUAA